UAUCUCCUUAUGUUAGAAAAAAAGUUAUAACUAAAGUUGGCCACAGGUAUCUGUAUUUCUGAAACAAGAAUGGCUUCAGCUGUGUUCUACAACUCACUGAAUCCUUCCACAAUACUUUUCUCAAGAACCCACUUGCCAUAUAAAGACUCUUCAGCAGAAUUCUCACGUUAUAUUAACUAUAACUAUAACUACCACUUGAGAACCAACCCAAGUGGAAAAAGAAACAAACUUGCACAGGUGAGAGCUACAGUGACUGAGUCUCCAACAAAGGAUAGUGAAGCUGCUGGGUUGCAGACAAAGAAGAAGUUGAAGAUUUUAGUUGCUGGGGGUGGGAUUGGGGGGCUGGUUUUUGCUUUGGCUGCUAAGAAGAAGGGAUUUGAAGUAGUUGUGUUUGAGAAAGAUGUGAGUGCUAUAAGAGGAGAAGGUCAGUACAGGGGCCCAAUUCAGAUACAAAGCAAUGCAUUGGCUGCUUUGGAGGCUAUUGAUUUGGAUGUUGCUGAGGAAGUUAUGAGAGCUGGGUGUGUUACUGGUGAUAGAAUUAAUGGAUUGGUUGAUGGAGUUUCUGGUAAUUGGUACAUCAAGUUUGAUACUUUCACUCCUGCAGCAGAAAGGGGGCUUCCAGUGACAAGGGUAAUCAGCCGAAUGACUUUGCAACAAAUCCUCGCUCGUGCAGUUGGGGAGGAAAUUAUUUUGAACGACAGUAAUGUUGUUAACUUUGAGGAUAAUGGAGAUAAGGUUACUGUAGUGCUUGAAAAUGGACAGUGCUGUGAAGGUGAUCUUUUAGUUGGAGCUGAUGGAAUAUGGUCGAAGGUGAGGAAAAACUUAUUUGGGCCAAAGGAGGCCACCUACUCAGGCUACACCUGUUAUACUGGUAUUGCAGAUUUUGUGCCUGUUGAUAUCGAGACUGUGGGAUAUCGAGUAUUUUUGGGACACAAACAAUACUUUGUUUCUUCUGAUGUGGGGGCUGGAAAAAUGCAGUGGUAUGCGUUUCACAACGAACCACCUGGUGGUGUGGAUGGCCCAAGAGGUAAAAAGGAAAGGUUGCUGAAAAUAUUUGAGGGGUGGUGUGAUAACGUGAUAGAUUUGAUAGUUGCUACAGAUGAAGAAGCAAUUCUUCGACGUGACAUUUAUGACAGGACGCCUGUAUUCACUUGGGGAAAGGGUCGUGUUACUUUGCUUGGGGACUCUGUCCAUGCCAUGCAGCCAAAUAUGGGGCAAGGCGGAUGCAUGGCCAUUGAGGACAGUUAUCAACUAGCAGUGGAGCUUGAUAAAGCAUGGAAACAAAGCACUGAAUCAGGAACUCCUAUUGAUGUUGUUUCUGCUUUAAAGAGCUACGAGAGUGCCAGGAGACUGCGAGUUGCCGUUGUCCACGGAAUGGCAAGAAUGGCUGCAUUGAUGGCUUCAACUUACAAGGCCUAUUUAGGUGUUGGACUUGGACCUCUCUCGUUUUUGACAAAGUUUCGAAUACCACAUCCAGGAAGAGUUGGUGGAAGAUUUUUCAUUGACAAAGCAAUGCCCUUAAUGCUUAGCUGGGUCUUAGGUGGAAACAGCUCAAAACUUGAAGGCAGGUCAAUAUGUUGCAGGCUCUCAGACAAGGCGAGUGAUCAGUUGCAGAGAUGGUUUCGUGACGAUGAUGCACUUGAGCGUGCUGUUAAUGGAGAGUGGUUUCUAUUGCCAUCAGGAAGUGAGACAGUUGUUUCACAACCUAUUUGUUUGAGUAGGAAUGAGGACCAACCCUGCAUAAUUGGGUGUGAAACUCCUCAGAAUUUUUCAGGAAUGUCACUAGUGAUACCUUCCCCCCAGGUGUCUAAAAUGCAUGCUCGGAUCAGCUAUAAAGACGGUGCUUUCUUCCUGAUCGAUUUGCGGAGUGAACAUGGCACUUAUAUAACUGAUAACGAGGGGAGGAGGUACCGCGUAUCUCCUAACUUUCCAACUCGAUUCCAUGCAACAGAUGUUAUUGAGUUUGGCUCUGAUAAAAGGGCGGCCUUUCGGGUUAAGGUAUUGAGAUCUCCUCCAAAGAUUGAAGAGAAGAAGGAAGAGGGUGAAAUGCUUCAGGCAGUGUAAACAAUGUUGGUAAAUUUUUGGAGUUAACAGGAAUUGUAUAGCAUUUAUUUGGAUGCAGUGAAUCAGUAUGCAAAUCAGCUGCAUCUUUUACAAUAUAGGAUCAGAGUGGAGAACAUAACACAAGAAAUGUCAUACUUGAUUCUCCAGCUUUGCUUCUGUCAGAACUGGAACAUAAACAUUUAAUGUGUAAUUUCCAUUUUUUUUUUUUUUUUUCAAUUCAAGAAAAGGGAAAAGAUAUUUACUAA